GCGCCCCGCUCCACCACAAGAGUCACCGCUCCUCACCUGCUCCACAAUGAGAACCGACAAGGUGGGAGCUCUGGCUGCGCUGCUGCUGUGCGGCCUGGCAGCUGCUGAGGUGGGCUACGGCAGGGGACCAGCCGGAGGCUUUGGAGGCGGCGCUGGCGGCGGCGGAGGCUUCGGAGGCGGCGGCUUCGGAGGCGGCGGCGGCUUCGGUGGUGGCGGCGGCGGUGGUUUCGGAGACGGCGGUCCGGCGCAGCCGUACAGCUUCCAGUACGAGGUGCAGGAUCCGUACUACGGCACCGACUUCGGCCAGCAGGAGAGCGGCCAGGGAGGCAACGUGCAGGGCACGUACCGCGUUCGGCUUCCCGACGGUCGCGUGCAGUACGUGCGGUACCGCGCCAGCGACGCCACUGGCUACGUGGCCGACGUGCAAUACCAGGGCACGCCCACCUACCCGUCCGGCCCGGGGGCGGGAGGAUUCGGAGGGGGAGCAGGUGGCGGCGGAGGUUUUGGCAGACCCGGAGGCGGCUUCGGUGGUCCUGGAGGCGGAGGUUUCGGAGGCCCUGGCUCCAACACGUACCUCCCACCUGUCGGCAAAUAAACAGCCGUCACAUGCUGAAGCGACACGGGUACGGCGAGACUUGGAAGACCACAGCCGCAGGGUCCACGCAGCACAGCACCAGUUCCACGUUGGAAGCUUCCACCACCUACAGAGAUGCGCUGAAGAGGCGAUCAGAAUGUGAAAUAUCACGUUGCGCGCACGGAGCAAAAAGUUUCCACGGUGGAUACUCCGUCGACUGUGCUGCGUAACCCACAUUAGUCGAUAAUUUUGUAACUAUUAAUACUGUUGAAAAUGGUUUUAUGUAUAUUUGUACUAGUAACGCAGAAACGGCAAUAAACAGUAUCGCCAGCA